AUGCGCGGCAGCGGGACAGCAAGCACAGAAGAGACGGAAGGAUCGAACAUCAUACUCCCCACGCUUCGACGAUUGACCGUCCUAGAUAACAUUUAUCCUUCGGUCAGUUUGUCGCAGUUUGACGAGAUUCUGAAGAUACGACAUCCCGACGCGCGCAUCUACUCGUUCCAAUCCUUCAAGACAGGUGUCCCCGGUUCCUCCGCCGCCACCAACGUCAACCAGCUAUAA